CGACAUUCACUACCUUCAACCGCUCCCCUCCAGGCCCCUCAUACUACCCGCACAUCCUUUCACGACUCUGGCUUCACUUUCUUCACAAUACACAUUGUCGCUAACACAAUCCGGCUCCGUCCUCUAGCGUAUCGCCCUGCUAAGUGGUCGCAAUCAUGUCAUUCCAGCACUCCUCCGCCAUGGAAUCGCAGCCUACCAACUGGCGACGGGAAGACGACCCACAAUAUGCCGACGACCCCGAGUUCCGCGAUCUCACCCAGGAGCUCUCCGACAAGCUCUUCUCCCUCACAUCCAACAUAUCCCGUCUAUCGAGCCAACUUGCCCUGCUUGGAACAAAGCGAGAGACGGAGCGGGUUCGAGAGCGAGUGCGCGACAUCAUCGAUGAGACGUCCGCGAGCUUCAAGGAGAUUGGAGAGGGGCUGAAGAAGGUUACGACGUGGCCGGACGUGGGGCCCUCGCAGAAGUUCACCCAAGCGAAGCUAAACCGCGAAUUCAAAGCCUCCCUCACCGAGUUCCAGCAGCUCCAGCGCCAAGCCAUUGAAAAAGAAAAGGCCUCGGCCUCUGCCGCACGCGCCGCCCUCCAGGACCAAUCCUCCCCCACCCAAGAACACGGCAGUUUCCAGCAGCAGCAGGAGCAGGAGCAGUUGCGGCUCGCAUCUCAGGAUGAGGUCGACUUCCAGGAAUCCCUGAUCAUCGAGCGUGAGUCCGAGAUCCGCAACAUUGAGCAAUCUGUCGGCGAGCUCAACGAGCUUUUCCGCGAUGUGGCGCACAUGGUGCACGAGCAGGGAGAGCAACUUGACAUUAUCGAGGAGAACGUCGAGGUUACGCACGAUGCCAGCCAGGGCGCACAUAAGAAUCUCGUCCAAGCGAAUCGGUACCAGAAGAGUGCCCGAAGUAAGGCGUGCAUCCUCCUGCUCAUCUUGGCUAUCGUUUUGGUCAUUAUUAUCUUAGCAGUUGUGUUGGACUAGCUUAUAUCUUGGGAGAAGAGGCAUUUACUCCUUUGCAAUUGGCAUCAGCAUUGUAAUCUCUUAAGAGUCCUUAUACCACGGCGUCGCGCGGCGUUAUAGGCACCUGUUAUGGCACGUUAUUGCCUCCCACAGAACAUAGUUAAGGUGGCGUUAAUUUGUUAAAUCUCUUGCUGG